ACGUUCCAGUUGGACCGCCGGGGGACAGCGCGCGACCUUGGGGACGUUGCCAUGGAUUUGACGCGGCUGGCGGUGGAUGCUGGUCAGUUCAUCAACCGGGCUGUUCAGUACACGGGGGAGAGUAUUGGCCAGGCGGACAAGACAGAGUUGGACCCCGGUCUGGAGGAGCUCCUGGCCCGGGCAGACGCCACCAAGACCUGCACGGACAAGAUAAUCUCCCAGACUGAGGUUUUACUGCAGCCUAACCCCGGAGUGCGGUUCGAGGACCGGCUAUAUGAGCAUCUGGAUUGGAGAGUCCCACCUCGGCCUCACGCCCUUGAGGUUCUGGGAGAUCAAAUGACCCAGGCUGGGCUAGAGAUUGGGUCCAACACUCCCUAUGGAACUGCACUGCUAAGGUGUGGAGAGGUUCAGAAGCAGUUCAGCGAAGCAGAGAGAAAGUUUGUCCAAAGCACUAACAUCCACUUUCUCACCCCUCUGAGGAGUUUCACUGAGGGGGAAUAUAGAGCCAUACAGGAUGAGCGCAGGAUGUUGCUGAACAAGCGUUUGGACUUGGACAUAGCUAAAACUAGGCUGAGGAAAGCCCACGAGGCCGACCGAGAGGACAGUAACCUGAAUGCAAACCCACUGGACGAGGACUACUUGUCUCAUGUCUCCUACAUGUUCAGCUUCCUGCGUGUUAAAUGGCUGAAGAUAUGGGCUCAGCAAAUCGCUCAGGCAGAGAUGGAACUGAGAAUCUGUCAGAGUCUGUUCGAUCGACAGUCAGAAAUUACAAGACGGCUUCUGGAAGGAAUAAACAACACUCACACAAACCACAUGCGGAGCCUGACUGACUUUGUGGAGGCUCAGGCCUGUUACUUUGACCAGUGCAAUCAUAAUGCUCAGGAGCUUCAGAAACAGCUGGCAAGCAUUCCAACAGUCCUCUGCUCCAAUAACUGGCAGUCAGCAAUUAGUAAUCAGCAAUUAACCAGCAACCAUGUAGCCAAUGAGCCCAUUGGGAUAAAUCAGGUCACUCCACUUCCCGUAGUUGUCCAUCAGCUUCCAGACAUCAACCAGGACUCAUGGACUGCAAAUCCACCACCCGGAACUGGAAAAAGAACAACAGAUUCCCCUGUAACCACACAGCCACCGGACGAGACAAAUAACAACAAUAACAACAACAUUUGCUCAAGUGACAGCCAAGAAAUCAGGUACCGUUCAACAGCCAAUCAAGCAUUUGAUUAUGUCUGUACAUCAAAUUCAGACAGUCACACAACCGAUCACGUCUCAGCAGCCAACAGGACAGUCAGCACACACACGACAACUAACAGAACAACUGCUGAGUCUCCAGCUUCAAGCAAGACAGUGACAUUCAGUGCAACAGCUGCAAUAACCAAUGGUGCAGCCAGUGCAAUGACAACAACAUCCUCUCAACCUUCACAACUCAGUGGAAGUGUGAACGAGUCUCAAACAGCAAAUGCAGUGGCUAGUGAGACCAUGACAACCAAUGCCAUGGCUGAUGAGCCCCAAAAAACCAAUGAAACAGCUAAUGAGCAGCCCACCAUCAAUGGAGAAGAUGUCCAGGAGUCAUCAUUAGCUAGUCAGGAUAUGGUUCAGUAGAGACUAAUAUCUGGUGGGGGAUGUCACGCCAAGCCAAAGCAUGUCAGUCUGGGACUGGCUUUAAUGAAGCUUCAGCUGAAUUACACCACUGGUAAAUGACAUCAUAGAGCUGAGAACAAAUACUUUAUUAGAAAAGUAUAGAUGCACAAUCAUUAUAGCAUGUGGUACAGUAAAAAAGACUUUAAUUAAUCCCAUAGGGAAGAUAAUGUGAAGUGGUUGUAAAAGUGCUUAUUUUUCUAAACAUGAUAUAGUGCCACAAUAAUUUUAGCUUUUAGGAUUAUUCAUCUUAUUAUUAUUAAUUAUUAAUGUUGUGUGAAAACGAUGAGUGUUGCGUAUCAGUUCUGUCUUGUGGCAGUAGAAAUAAUGUUUUCUGGCCUCAGGCUACAAGUCGAAGCCUCACUGAAUUACUUUAUCUGCAGCCUGUGACUGUGAAAUGAUGAUUUCAGUCAAUAUCUGUGGAAUUAAAACUUUAUUUUCACAUUUAGCAAAAUGAGAACUAAUUAACAUAGGAAAACUAAUCAAGCUUUGUGCCAAGUGUAUGUGUGUAGAUUUGUUGGUGUGAAUAUAUUAAUUCAUGUAUGUGUGUGUUUGUGUCCAUGUCUGUCAGUGACCCAUGUGCACUUGUGCUUACAGCCCAUCCAAACCUGUGACACCUUUAGAAAGAAGUGUGUGUACGUGUAUGUGACCUUCUACAAGCUGAGGUCAUUUUCCAUAUGAAACAUGUCACUUGUGUGUUGGGGAGCCCAGAGAGGUGACGAAACACCAGGUUAAACAGGAUCUUUAUGCUGUAGCACGGUUCAAAAUACUCUUCCUCAUUCACGCUCUGGGUGUUGCCCCCUACAAACGCUCAAAUCACGCACUCACUUUUACCCUUUUACCCCCUUAAAGCCCCCGUUAGGUGAAAUGGGUAAAAGUUUUCCAGAUGUUGUUAAUUUUCUUCGUGAGGGCAGCCCUGCUCUACUGUGAUGUGGGUCCACUCUGGGGACCCUGGAAGGAAACACACACAAUUUAGCAUUGGCCCUACUGAUGUAAUCAGCCACUGACUCUAUCCUCUAUGGUUUUGUCCCAAUACGUAAAGAUGCGUGUGGUUUUGGAUAGCUACAGUAUUCACAUUGUAGUUGCUGCCUGCCAGUUUUCAACUGUGCGUACAUGCAGUCAUGUUUCAGUCACAUGUUGUUCAUUGAGCUGAUGUCAGUGCGACACUGGAGUUUUCACUUUUCUCAUCUGAAAAUGUGGAAAAAUAAA